AUGGCCCCUUCGCGGUCACAUCCAGUCAAGUCUGGAUCCGGGAGUCAUUUCGAGCUUUCGGCAAAGAAGUCGCUCUCGUCCCUCAUCACCAGCACUUCCACCAACUACCACACACUUACCACCUCGAGCUCCGCGUCAGACCUCAACGCGGGCUUCCUACUGCCAACCGCACUCGAACCGCAGCCCUUCGAACGCCCUCUGUCCUCGGGCAGUUUGCCAGCGACUCCUCGAUUUCGGAGAAACAGGAAGAACAUGAAGGACUUUACGGGAUUUGACACGACCGAGGAUGAGUUCGAAGCUCUGCCGCUGGCAGUGAGGAGAAAGUACUUCUCUUCGCUGGAACGUCUAAGACUCGCUGAGAGAACCAAUUCUCAAGCUCUUGAUGAGCUUCCAAUCCAACACCCAAAACGAACGAGCCUUGCCAAUCGACGCAAUGCAUCAAUAACAGAACUCCGUCGAGAACCUUUAUCGCCCAGAAGACCAAGAAGAGGGCCAUCCUCCAACAACGAAGCAUCCUGGUUCCUAAGUCUUCCACCUAAAAUCAAGAGGAAGAACUUCACAGCAGAGGAGCGCGUGAUGUUGGAUGGUCGUUUGCAGGACAAGGUCAUCUUAGAUGCAUCAGAUGAAGCAAUCUUUAAAGCAAGGAGGAGGGUGAGUAGGAAUCUGCCGCCUGUCGAUCCAUUCUCCGACUCCGCGCCGCUACCUCGAACUCCCAGCUCAGCUUGCUUUCACGACAAGAAUGAAUCCAUGCCUGCAGAAGUAUAUGAGAGUUUUCGUUGGAUGGACGAGGAAAGUAAUCUGGAUUUACGAUUAGUGCUUGAUGAUUACCACGCCAACCUUGAUGGUGCAGUCCUUCCAGAUCCGAGAUCGAAUCGAAGGCCAUCAUUCCGACGACAAGUCUCAAUCACCAAGAUUCCAUUCGGCAGACCGUCUCUUUCAUCACUCCAGCCUCGAUCACCUAAAGCUGAAUCGAUUUCAAAUACCCAGACUCGACAGCGAUCCAGGACCCUUUCUAUGAUAUCGCCCAAGCACGGGGUGCACAACUCAGUUGUGUCAAUAGAUCCCAAUGCAACUCAUUAUCAGGAUCCGGAAGCUCGCCUGAAGCUUCGCGUCUAUUUAGCCUCGCCGCAGAAAUUCGACGAAGCGAUAGAAUUCGGAUUUCCAUCAUUAGAUGGUAUCACAACCGGGGACGACAAGGAAAAUAGGGGUCCCAUCAGGUCGUCCAAGGAUACCCCUAAUCUCAAAAAGUCGUUUGCCAGCGGGCAUUCAUUCUUGGACGAUACCGCAUCAUUAUUCGACGACGACGUGUCAAUGGCAGACCCUGAGUCACCAGUUACACCUAUGGCUGUUGAUGGUGGCUUUGAACGUCGUUCGGAAAUCACACUGGUCGGGAACAAAUCUACCAAAAGCUCAGCAGAUUAUACGCAUCUCGGGAUUUCAAAACCCAUGCUUGUGAAACAAUCUGAGGGCUACGCUCAUGCUGCGGCGGGUAAUCGAGAAAUGACCUUGAGAAUGACGCUUACCCGGCCCGACCUACGAGCGGACGAAUCCAAGAUCUACGGCUGGCAAACUCCCAAAUCAUCUAGUAAUCGGGACUCGCCACUAAUCGAAGACAUGGAUGAGAAGUUCGAGAUGAGGGGGCCGUAUGGAGGUGCCGAUGGUUGGGGGCCGGCUGAAAAGGAGAAUACUGGAUUUAAGCGACUCUGGCAUCGGGUCAAGAGUUCGCAGAAGAAGGCGUAA